GCGCGUUCGCGUCGCCUCAGGUUUGGAGAUGUCGGUGCCGUCUCCGCGCUCCGGGCGGCCGAGGGAAAAGUAUUUUGUCUCCUAAAAGGAAUCCAACUAAAAGGACAAAAUGUUUAGAUGAGCGCCCAUCCAUAAUCCAUCUCGGACAAUCAGCUGACCCUGAUUGGACUCCUUUACCUCUCGACGAGUCGCUGCCUGCAGCCGCUGUGGCAGCCAGAGUUGCCAUGGAGACGGUGGUGAUCGUGGCCAUUGGGGUGUUGGCCACCAUUUUCCUGGCCUCCUUCAUUGCCCUGGUGGUGGUUUGCAGGCACCGCUACUGCCACCCUCAUGACCUGCUGCACCAUUUCGACUCCAAACCCACAGUUGAUCUGAUCGGAGCCAUGGAGACUCAGAGCGAACCAUCAGAGCUGGAGCUGGACGAUGUGGUCAUCACAAACCCUCACAUCGAGGCUAUCCUGGAGAACGAGGACUGGAUAGAAGACGCCUCUGGUCUGGUCUCUCACUGCAUCUCCAUCCUAAAGAUCUGCCACACUUUGACUGAGAAGCUGGUUGCCAUGACGAUGGGCUCAGGGGCAAAGGUCAAAGCACCGGCCAGCCUGAGUGACAUUAUCACCGUGGCAAAACGCAUCAGCCCGAGGGUGGACGACGUGGUCAGAUCCAUGUACCCUCCUCUGGAUCCAAUCCUCCUGGACGCCAGGGCCACUGCUCUGCUCCUUUCAGUCAGCCACCUGGUUCUGGUCACCCGCAACGCCUGUCACAUGUCUGGCAGUAUGGACUGGAUCGACCAGUCGCUCCACGCAGCUGAAGAUCACAUGGUGGUUUUGCGUGAGGCAGCGCUGGCCUCUGAACCGGAACGAAGCAUACCUGGAGCUGAUGCACAGAGAGAGCAGGCCAUUUAGAGCAACCACAGACACUGACUCAAGCAAACAGCAGCAGACGAGCAUGAAAAUUUGUCGGGCUGCCUCUUUUCUGAAUUCUUAACAGGCACAUAUUCUGCCAGGCAGUGCUUUCCAAACUCAUCGUCCAGUCCAAAUUGAUCAGGACUUCUGACCAGUAAACAGGCUGUGCUGAUGGAUGCUUGGAUCAUUUUUUUAAUCAUAUUUGCAACAAUAGUGCUGGAGAGUACCUUGCAUCCACUACGGCUGCAUAGUAAUUGCUGUAAAGUAGAUGUUACACAUUCACAUAUAGAUGUUUUGUUUUUGUUUUGGGGUUUUUUUUAUUUUUUUUGCAUGUAACCCGGCAGCAGAUGGUUUUUAGAGGUGGUCUUUUAAGAAGCAAGCUGCCUGUAAGUGAAAGGCCUUUGGAAAUUUUUUUCUUGAGUGCGCCAUCACCCAGCGGUGCGCCUAAAUCCAAUCUCUCCAGCACUGCACAGUCACAUGGAGGCUUAGUCAGCUAAUCCAUUCUGAGGAAAA